UAGUCGCGCGCAUGCGGCCCGCGUCCGACGCACGUCCGCACAUUGUUCGAAUUUCGAAACGCGAUCGAAAUUUAAAAUUUACGAUAAACAGAUCUUUUAAACGCUCUGCAUUUAAAACAGAUUCGAUUUUUAAAUAAGUUUAUGGAAGUUAUUGGCUUUUAAUAUUAGCGUUUUCUUUUUUGAGUUCGUUAAUUGUUUUAGUGAAACAAAAGUGUUCAUUCAAAACAUUUUCAUUUUUGGAAUGACAGUUUGAAGAUAUCAAGUGCAAUGUCGGAGAUGUUCAAGAUAGCGGUGGCGGUGGCGAUGCUGUUCUCGCUGGCGCUGGAGGCCCGCGCCGGCUCGUACGCGCCGCGCCCCGACUACGGGUACCCCGCCGGACUCAUACCCGACUGCCCUGGAGUGCUGAAGAACGCGUCGAUCAGUGCUCGCAUGCUGCCGCAGCUGCAGGUGACGACGCACCGCGUCACAAGCGCCGGGCAGAUCGAGCGCCGGAACCUGCCCGUCGAGAGCGCGCCCAAGAUCGUGGCCCGGGAUAAGACUAUUGAUUUAAAAAACAAGAAGACGGUGUUGUACGCGGUGGGCUUCAUGGACAGCUCGGUGUUCCCGUUCUCGCAGGCGCUCGGCACGUCCUACUCGCGCCGCGGGUACAACGUCUUCAUCUCCGAGACCUUCGCCUUCCUCACGCACAUCUACCCCAAGUCAGUUCGCCUGGCUCGAUUCAUCGGAAGAAAGAUGGGAGAAUUCCUCGUAAAGCUGACUGAGAUCGGACUGGAACCCGAAAACCUCGAGCUUGUUGGUGCGAGCCUGGGAGCGCACGAAGUCUCCUUUGCAGCGAAAUACUUCUACGAGGUGACAGGAAAGAAACCAGCGAGACUGACGGGACUGGACCCAGCGGGACCCUGCUACAGAUCACUCGGCACCGAAAACAAGCUGUGGAAGACUGAUGCGGAGAAAGUGGACGUGAUCCACACGAAUAUCGAUGGUUUCGGGAUAGCUGAAGCGUUAGGUCAUGUGGAUUUCUACGUGAACGGCGGUGAGUUCCAACCGAGCGACAUACCUUACAUUCCUUGUUUGAUCGUUUGCAGUCACGUCCGGUCUAUGAUCUACCAGUGGCAAGCGUUGGAACACCCCAAGAAGUUCAUAGCUACCAAAUGUGACUCGGUGCAAGAAGCGAGGUUUGCUCAGUGCUUCAACAGUACCGUCACAAAUUAUAUAGGUCUAGAGACUCAUUUUGAGCGACCCGGUAUUUAUUAUCUAGCUACUAGUAACGAGUUCCCGUAUUAUAAAGGGAAAGAUGGUUUGAAAGCUGAGAAUGAGAUUUAUACCUCGGUUGUGAGAAGAAUCAAUGAUGAUAAUGGUUUUGUAGUGUAAUUAUAUAUUGAAAGUUGUUUACAGGGUUAUUUAUUUAGUUAAGGUGUAGUCAUAAUACGAUGUAAAUAAAUAUGGAUUCAGUUGUAGUCUCAUAAUGUUUAAGUUUACUAUAAACAAUUCAAGUUUAUUAUUUAUGAAUAUAAACAUAAAUUAUUCAAAGGGGCAAGAAUAUUACCUUGAGGUACUCCUUAUGUAUCUUAGUAACAACAAAUGUACUCUAUGACUCUUUUUUAUUAAUAAUAGAAUUUUUAUAAGGGAAAAUAUAAUUAUAGCUCAUUGAUUGUCUAAAGUCAGUUCAGUAGUACAUAAUGCUACAUCAUUAUUUACCGACAAAAUCAGAAGCUGUUGCAAAAUCAAAUACUUAUUUUUGCCAAAACUGUCGCAUCAUAUUAUGAAUGUUUUUUUUUGUUUACGUUACAUAUUUACAUAGAACUUGAUUAUAACCCAAAUAAUGUAAAACAACACACUUGAAUGUGUGGUUAUUGUGAUAUAAUUAGUAGUAGGCUAUAUUAACCCGAGCCUGUGAUUUUAGUUUUAAUAAGUAACAAUUAUAUAGUAUUCUUAGCGAAUAUUAAAGAUCUGUUUAUUUAAUGUGA